CGCUCCUCCAUCUCCAAGUCCAUCAUCAGCAUGUCUUAACAUCAACACUUUCAAAAACACCCCCGCCCAAUUCAAUCCAAUCUCUCCUCCUCUAUACCCGAUCCAGCAAACAGGACAGUUCUCCCAGCCAUGUUCGCAGUCAUGCCAUCAUACCCAGUCUUCAACGACUUUUCAUACCAACCGACGCGGUCCUCGCCGCUGUCGUCAUCGUCACCGAUCCGCGCAUCAUCACCACCGCCCGCGCCCCUGAGCCCCUGCGACUACAACCGCCAGCCGCGCCAGGUUCAGUCGUCGCCUGUGCAGGCGCCGCCGUCAAAAUUCAAGUUCUCGGCGCGUCCGGCGCGUCCGAACCCCGUCGUCAGGAACCGCGAGGCCACGCAGCAGAGCAGAAGGAAUUUGUUCCUCAAGGGCGUCCAGCAGAGGGCUGACGAUCACCGGUGGGAGAGGAGAGGUGUCGAGCACAAGGUGCUGAGCACAGAGUGGUUCAACGAGACGCAGGCUCGGCAGCAGGCGAAGCUUCUUGAUCCUGAUAGUCUGUUGACCGAGGAGGACAUUGAAGACGCCGAACGAUUGGAAGAGGAGCGUCAGAGCAGAUACGAAGAAAUCCCCGACGACCUGAUGAUGGAUUCCAUGAUGGAGGACGAGCACGAGUUCGAGGCGUUAGCAUCAAACGUGCAACAACAACAAGCCCCAUCCAGUGGGACGACACGGCCAGACUCACCCCAUCUUUUGGACGACGAGGAUUACGAUUCCUUAUUCAUGGACUUUCUGUCUACCCAAAAUCAGCAAACAGCGCCAGCGUCGUCUGGUGAUGUCGAAAUGUCAUAACUAGAUGCAAAUCUUGGCACAUGUACAAAUAACUGGAUGGCGUUCUAGGGGGGUGGGAUUAGGUUAUGGCGUUUUUGGAGCGAACUUGGCUUUUGGCGUUGGAACAUGCUCUCAUUUUGUCGUUUUUACCAGUCACGCAAUGGCGGACCUGUCAAUUGUCCAUAUAGCAUUUUGGCAUUGAUAGUCACUAUUGUGGCGUACAGGCUUCUGGGUCUGGUGCACCAAGCGCCUCCUGUGCAGAGGGCAUAUCACCCACCAAAUCAGAAGGCGGGGAGCCCGUAGCUUGCAUCUAUUAGGGGUUAGCACAAUGUUCGGAAUAUAAUCUGGGCAUAUUUGCAAGCUCACCUUUUGCAUCCUAUCCACAAUAUAUUCCCGAUCUGCCGCGUUCGAGUCCAAGUACGUCGGCUCCUCGAAUUUGACAACCAUCUCGGAAACUAACCGCUGCUG